ACUCUGAUUUUCCGAUUGUCUGCCAAUAUUAUACACAAAAGGAAAUUGGAUUUUCUCGGCUGAAUCGCACUGAAAAGUCUAUCACCGCUUCGCUAGAUCGGUUUUCUGUGUAAACUCGGUGUGUGUGUUGGAAAAAUUGUGUAUUUGGUAUUGGCUAAAGUGACUUUGAUUUGGUGAAAAGUGUAAACGUAAAGUUGUUACCUCCAGUGGCUGUGCAUGAAAAAGGUAGACGAAGAGACGGAAUCAUCAAGCAACGAGGAUCUCUACCAGUACCAACGAGUCCGUUGAAUGCACCAAUACCUAGGCAACAUAGGCAGAAGCAUAAAAAAACAUCGGUGGGGUCAUUUGCUAGGGUACCCCCGGUAAACCAAAAAUCGGCGACAUCAUUCGAAAGUGGUGCAUAUUCCAAUGCUAGAAAGAAACACGUUGUUACAUUCGUCGGUAAUGCCACCAAUGCGGAAUGCUCACUAGGCAGACGGUAGAAUAGAGGAAAGCGGGGUGUAAAUUUCCGAGCCAGUGUGUUUGUGCUAGCUCAGACGAGUCGAGCUUGUCGAGUGAGCUUGUAGUAGUGCGUUGGUCGUCUCUGGAGGGUGAGGUGAUGGAAGAAGCAUAACCCCUGAAAUCAGCCGCGCAGUAAAUCGGUACAGCCGUGUGUCGGUUGGGUUGUCGGUCGGUCGUUCGGUUUGAAGAGUGGGUAGGUAAAGAAGAGAGAAGAGCCAUCUCCGUACGCGGCAGUGUUGUACGUAGUUGUUUGUUGGUUCACCAAAAGAUCUGACGACGUGAGCGGUUCGUCGUUUUCGGGGCUGCUGCUGCUGCCGCCUGUGUAUGUUUGCUAUGUGGUGGCGUUUUGAUGAAGUGAAGUGAGCCUUCAUUUAGUGGAUAAGCAGUAGCAGAACUAUACGCAUCUCGCGAACGUUGCGGAGUGAAAUAGUACACGCGUCCUCCAGGAGAGAAGGAAUAAAUUAUCGGUUUUUUGUGUUUUGCAUGCGAAUGUUAUCUGGAUCUGCUAGAUAGUGCCGGAUCUCGAGAUUGAGUGACAGAUCGCGCAAUCGUGCUAUCGAGUCUCCGGACUGAAAAUGACCGUCCGGAAAUAGUGUGAUCGGUCCAGCUACAUUAGUAAAACAAACAAAUAAUACUAGUUUUAGUGAUGAUUACUAAAAAGUGCUGAUAAGUGAGAAAUAUGUCGGAAUCCGUCAUCGGAAGAAAACCAAGCAACAAUCAACUUCAGUGAAAUUAGUACUAGUACCUACUACUACCCCAUUACAGUCGGGUAAAACGUGAAUAGUUGCUGUUACAGCUUGCACGGGAAAGCACGGGAAAGAGAUCAGUUUCCGGCUGGCAGCGUGUGCAUGUGCGUCCCCGCGAGGAGCAACCUGGCGAGUGUGAAUUUGAGUGUACCAUAAAUUAGAUAACGAAAAUAAGUGUGCGUGUGUGAGCCGAAGAGUUCGACCUGUUUAGUGAGAAGCGUUGAAAGUUGCGAGUUAUCAAAAUGUAUGCUAAAGGCAAAGCUACAACGGUGCCGUCGGAUGCACAAGCUAGAGAAAAAAUUGCACUAUAUGUAUAUGAAUAUUUAUUACACGUAGGGGCAUCGAAAGCAGCACAAACAUUCUUAUCCGAGAUACGAUGGGAGAAGAAUAUCACACUAGGAGAACCUCCGGGCUUCCUGCACUCGUGGUGGUGCGUAUUCUGGGAUCUCUACUGCGCGGCACCGGAACGACGGGACACCUGCGAGCAUUCAUCCGAGGCCAAAGCAUUUCAUGAUUACGGUUUCGUGAGUUCGGGCUACGGAGUGAACGGAAUAGCACACAAUGCCGGUCCAGCGCCGAGUCCGCUGGGACAGUUACCACCAAACGAGGGCAUGCCUGGCGGUCCGAUGGCACCAACUGGCUUCUUCCCGAACUCCUCCAUUAGGCCAUCACAACCUUCACACCCUAACAGUGGGCAGUCCCCACACCCACAACCACCAAACUCGCACGGACAGAUGAUGAGCGGCCAGCCUUUCAUGGCAGGUCCCCGGUAUCCUCCAGGGCCCCGGCCCGGCGUUCGAAUGCCGCAAGGAAUUGGAAACGAUUUCAAUGGUCCUCCCGGACAACCAAUGAUGCCAAAUAGUAUGGAUCCCACGCGGCAAGGUGAAGCUGGAGACUUUGUAGCAUGGCAAGGUAUGGGUCCGAUGAAUCCUAGAAUGAAUCCACCUCGCGGCCCCGCAAUGGGCCCCAUGGGCGCCGGCACGUACGGACCGGGAAUGCGUGGCCCUCCACCCAACAGCAGUUUAGGCCCGGGUGGUAUGCCCCCGAUGGGAAUGGCCGGCGGACGGCCGCAGUGGCAACCGAAUACGUCAUCGCCCAUGAAUUAUUCAUCCUCGUCACCUGGCAAUUACGGUGGCCCACCAGGGCCGAGCGGACCGCCCGGACCGGGCACACCCAUCAUGCCAUCACCUCAAGAUUCAUCCAACUCCGGCGGCGAAAAUAUGUACACACCAAUGAAAGCUGAAUUCCCGAUGGUUGGCGGCUCGGACGGCGGUGGCCCAAUGGGAGGCCCCAUGGGCCCGAACGCUAUGGGCGGACCGGUACUUAACAACGACGGCCUGGACGGAAUGAAAAAUAGCCCGGCGAACGGUCCCGGAACGCCCCGGGAAGACUCCGGUAGCGGAAUGGGCGAUUAUAACCUCGGCGGCUUCGGCGGACCCGGAGAGAAUGACCAAACCGAGUCGGCCGCUAUACUCAAGAUCAAGGAAAGCAUGCAGGAAGAGGCGAAACGCUUCGAGAAAGAUUCCGACCAGCCCGAUUACUACAUGCAAUAACAUCCUCCUUCUAGCGUUUCUACUACUGCUAUUACUUCUACUACAACAGCAUCUACUACUACUAUUACUACUACAACCACCACCACCACCACCACUGCAACAAGUUCUACUUCUUCUGUUGUCAAGACAGCCAGUGCUGUGCUCGUUUGUUCAGCCUCCGUAAGUGCUUCUGUCAGUACCGCUGCGGCCGCCACCAAUACCGACACCACAACCACUACUUCUACUGAAAUCAACUAAAUUAUUACCUUCCUAUUGUUUACCAAAAAAAAUGAAAGGAAACAUAAAACCUAACGCACGUACACACGCGAAAGCGGCUUAAGCAAAACAUUGACCACUCAAAAAUUACACUCGCUAUCGAAUUUCACAUUUUAAUUCAAGGAAUAAACUAAAAAUUUCUAUAAGAACAAUCCCACGCAAAGGUCUCAACUGAUGAAGCAUUAGACAUGAUAAUCACUUUGCUCGAUAAGCUGUGUAAACUGUGUAACCAAAAAUCCACGAUAAAUCCUUAUCUCUCGAAGUGCAACUGAGAAAAACAAACUUGAAAGGGAGCAGCAAGCCGUCCCUUUCGUUUACACCCCUCGCAAAGGUAGCGUUCAUUUUGUUUUACGAUCCCCAGCACCUUUCCCCAUUGCCGUUGCCCGAGUGGAUCCCAAAAAUGGAAUGAAACGGAAAGUGUUAAAGUAUUGUGAGAAAAAAUAAGAGAAACCACACACACACACACAUACACCUUAUAGGAUAAUUUCACCAGUACCAUCAUAAUUCAACACAACACGAAGGAAUAGAAAAGUGAGAACGGAUAAAAGAGCGAAUGGAAUAGAGUCACACACACGCGCGCAUUAACAUACACAUCCAUGAAGUUCUAAAAAGGAGCUAAAAAGGAAUAAGAGCUGCUGAAAGAGCAAACGAAGCCACCAACAUGGUACUCCGUGGAAAAGAAAAAAAAGAAGAAAACCGAAUGGGAGUGAAAGAAGACGAAGAAAACAAGGAAAGAUUCAUCUGUGUUAGAAUUUAUUAUUUUUUUUCUCGAGCAAGACGUGCAAAAAACAUAAAACAGCAAAAAUGGAAAAAACCGAAAAAAAUAGUGGAAAAUAAUAAUUUUUGUGAAA